ACAUGGUUAGUCAGUUGUCGAGCGGAGUCGGACGAGAACGUUGGUUGAUUGCGAUAAUUGGAAGUUGAAUCCGUCCACUCUCUGUUUCAGUUUGUUUGAAAAUCGAAAAAAUUGAAAGAAUCGAAAGAAUCGAAAGAAUUUCCCUGAAUCAAGUGCUAGGGAGUGAAAUACAAAGGGUACCGAAGUUUCUUCCCUUUUAUCGACGCGAUCGCAUUGUGUUUUUUUCUAGUGCCCCUGAAGAAGUGCGUUUCAACGUGAUAAUAUGAACGCAAGAUGAUUUGCCGAUAUUCAGGGUCAUUGUGGCCACGCAUUGCUUGAGAGAAAAGAAAAGGUUGGUUUUCUCUGCUUCGCAAUAACGAUCGGGAAAAGGUAUAGCACGUGCGCAUGCACGGAGAAAAGCGAGAGAGCGAACUAGAUACUGUUUACGAGGGAAAGAGUGAGCGAACGAGUAAACGAUCGAGUGAGAAAGAAGAAAAGAAAGAGAACGGGAAAGGGAAAGGGAAAGGGAAAGGGAAAGGGACCGGAAAAAGGAAAAAGAGGAAGAGAACGAUAAUAGUAGAAAAUUCGCUCCAAUAAGUAAGUAAAUUCUUAUCGUUAGUUGAAAUGUUCUCGUGCGAUGACACACCCAUCAAAUCGGUAAAACAUCGCAUUCAGCCAAAUAUGUAGCCGAAAACUGUUUUCGAUAUCUCAACAAUUUUGUCGAUAUAGCAAGUUAUUUAAUUUCACGGGAAAACAAUCGACAACCCUCGGAAGAUUUUCGACGCCAGAUACAUCUAAACCAAGAAAUAAUUAAAGUUUUUUCAUCAUUUCCUCGAUGGUUGGUGAAUAAAAGCUGAGGAAAAGAAUAAGGUGUAAUUACACGUGCUCUGAUGUCGCGGCAAAGGUAGCGCAGCAUGGACGGAAUCCAGCUUUGAUGUUACCUUGAUUGUCUCUAAUUAUAUUUCACACUGCUCGUUAUUUUUUCUUCUUCGACUCGAUCUUUCGAUCACGCUUUCCCCAACAAUUCGCAAAACAAUGAUCAAUCGGAGAUAAAUAUAAAAGAGACGGAAGCGGAGAAUCUAAUCUUUGUCGCUCGAUUAGAAUAAUCGUGACAAGUUGGCUGUAACGUUUGUAGGUCGAGUUAACUCGAAACUAAAAGGAGGAACGACGAGUUAUCGAGGUUGUGCCAGAAAUAUUUACAUAUCGGUAUACGGGUGGUUGAGAUUCGGCGGUGGGCUGGUUCCAAGCGAUGUUUUCUUUCUGGUCAAUUUAGCUUGUAAGACCGUCGUAACAUAAAUACAUAAUCGUAAGAUCGUUCGUUGUUUCUUACGACAUUCGGUCCCGCGGAUUGACCGCGCGAGCUGACGCGCAAGUCAAUCCUCGAUCGAAGAAGAAGGAGAAGUAGAUUUGCGAAAGAGCAACGAGGAGGAUAGGAGCGAAGAGAGAGGAACAGUGGCAAUCGAUAUUCGUCGCGGUUGCACCGGCAAACCCCUGUUUGUUUUUCUUUUACAGCCGCAGUCCGACCGCUGUCUACCUAUUCCUUUGCGAUUCGAAUCGCAACCAACCAUGCACACGAUAUUAUACGUUCGGCUUGACUACUCUCUAUGAACGAGCCAGAGUGACAGGGUAAAGAUAAUUUAAGGGUGUCUCGAGCUGGAAGGAAUAAGAGAAGAAGAAAGUAAGGAAGUAAGGAAGGAAGAAAGAAGAGCGGUCAGGAGCAAAGUUCCCUGAACGGUCAGAAAGGUGAUUUCUGACGGAGCAGAAUGAUCGACCCGAGUUCGUCGGAGGCGGAAAGCGAGGAGGAUCAAAGUCCUCAACACGCCGGAGGUGGCGGCGGAGGUGGCGGGAGUGGUGGAGGUGGACGUUCGUACGGUUCCCGCCGACAGAUCGGACCCGCAGGAAAUCUCGGUGGCGCGAGCGGUCCUGUCUCGGGAAGCGCGAAUUCCGUUGCCUCGGGAUUGACCUCUUCGCCCGGAGGCUUGAGCCAUGGCACGGUCUCUACGCCACGAGCAGGUGCUGCAACCACCGCCGGUCAGGAUGCCGGUUUCGAUGCGUCAGCUGUUGCCGCUGCAAGGAACUCUCUAUCGCCGUCUAUGUCUGCCGCGCAGGACGCGGCCAAUUACGCUCAGAGACCCACCAGCCCUUCGCCGUCGGUCGCCAGCGAGAAAACCGAAGUGGACAUUCAGGACAAACAAGAGCGCGAGGAAGAGGAAAGAAAGACCAGGAUACAGCUGUACGUGUUUGUUUCGAGAUGUAUCUCUUAUCCGUUCAACGCCAAACAACCUUUAGAUCUACCGAAGCGGCAGCUAAAAGUGACCAAACAGCAACUCGAGACGAUCAGCUCGCGUUUCCAGAGUUUUCUGAAGGGAGAAACACAGAUAAUUGCCGACGAAGCAUUCCGCAACGCGAUUCAGAAUUACUACGACGUCUUCUUGACGUCGGAUCGCGUUGUUCAGAUGGUUCAAAGCGGUGCUUGCUCGCAACUCGACUUCCGCGAGGUAUUCAAGAAGAACGUUGAGUUACGUGUUCGACGCCUCCCGGAAAUCGACGGACUGAGCAAAGAGACUGUGCUUACGUCCUGGUUGGCCAAAUUCGAUUGUAUCAUGAAAGGUACGGGCGACGAGGAGACCAAGAGGCCUUCCAGGAUGCAACAACAGUCUUUGAUUUCGGAGAUGAUAUUGUCAAAGGAGCAGCUGUACGACAUGUUUCAGCAAAUACUCGGCAUCAAAAAGUUUGAGCAUCAGCUUCUGUUCAACGCCCUCCUGUUGGACUCAGCCGACGAACAGGCUGCCGCCAUCAGGAGGGAGCUGGACGGUCGCCUUACGAAAGUGAACGAAAUGGAAAAGAACCGCAAGCUCAUGCCGAAAUUCCUCCUAAAAGAAAUGGAGUCGCUCUACAUCGAGGAACUCAAGUCGUCUAUCAAUCUGCUGAUGGCUAAUUUGGAGUCGUUACCGGUCUCGAAAGGUUCGAUAGACAGCAAAUACGGCCUGCAGAAGCUGAAGCGCUACAAUCAUCGUCGAGAGCGCUCCCGCUGCCGCGGCCAGGGUUCUCUCGUUAAAUUGGAGAGCGAUUCCGCCGACUCUGAACCGCAGCUGAGCAAAGUGGACGUCGGUCUCACUUUCCAGCUGGCGGUGGUCGUGAUGGAGGUAAAGGGCUUGAAGAGCCUACCACCCAACAAGAUAGUUUAUUGUACGAUGGAGGUUGAGGGAAACAAAAAGUUGCAGACUGAUCAUGCGGAAGCUUCGAAACCCACGUGGGAAACUCAGGGUGAUUUUACGACCAUGCACCCCUUACCAGUGGUCAAGGUUCGUUUGUAUACCGAGAACUCGGCGAUGUUGGCGCUCGAGGACAAAGAGUUGGGCAAAGUCAUCCUACGACCAACUCCGUUUUCUUCGAAACAACCGGAAUGGUACAAAAUGAUCGUCCCGAAAAAUUGUCCCGAUCAGGAUCUUCGAAUCAAGAUCGGUUGCCGAAUGGAUAAGCCGUUCAACAUGAAGCAUUGCGGUUAUCUGUACGCGAUGGGCAAGUCCGUUUGGAAAAAGUGGAAAAAGCGGUAUCACGUGUUGGUCCAAGUGUCCCAAUACACGUUCGCGAUGUGCUCCUACAAAGAAAAGAGAAGCGAGCCCUCGGAAAUGAUGCAAUUGGACGGUUAUACAGUUGACUACAUCGAACCCGUUUCCGCGAAUCUGAUGGUCGGCAUGGAUCUAGACGAUGGAAGGUUUUACUUCAACGCUGUUCGCGAAGGAGAUAGCAUCGUGUUUGCAUCGGACGAUGAAAACGAGUGUCAAACUUGGGUGAUGGUUAUGUACAGAGCGACCGGUCAGUCGCACAAACCGACCCCACCGGUUUCCGUCGCGGACAAAAAUUCGGCCAUCAGUAAAAUACAAGGCGACGCGGAUCGUGCAAAGAAACACGGAAUGGAAGAUUACAUCAGCGCCGAUCCGUGCAAAUUCGAUCAUCACGCUUUUUUCAAAUUUCUACAAAAUAUGGUGCUAGAUUAUCGACUCAACGAUCCCUACUGCUCUCUCGGCUGGUUCUCGCCUGGUCAGGUGUUUGUACUCGACGAAUAUUGCGCCAGGUACGGCGUACGCGGUUGCUUUCGACAUCUCUGUUAUCUAAACGAUUUGUUGGACCGAAUUGAUAGAGGACUGAUGAUAGAUCCAACUUUGCUACACUACAGCUUCGCCUUUUGUGCCACCCACGUGUACGGUAACCGAACCGACAGGGUAGGUUCUAUAACGCACGAGGAGAAGGAAAAGUUUCAAGAGAUCAAAGAAAGGCUUAGACAGAUUCUCGAGAAACAAAUUACCAACUUUCGGUACAGUUUUCCGUUCGGCCGGCCGGAGGGUGCGUUAAAGGCUACCUUAUCCCUGUUGGAACGAGUGAUGAUGAAGGAAGGUGUCAGUCCGGUGACCCAAGAAGAGGUGAAGGCUUUGAUCAAAAGUUGCCUAGAAACUGCUGCUCUCGUUAAUUACACGAAACUCUCGGCCGAAGCUAAGAUCGAAGACGAUCUCAGCGGCGAAGUCUGCGUCCCACCCAGCAAGAAGCUCGAAGAUCUUAUACAUCUCGCCGAAAUGUGCGUGGAUUUGCUUCAACAAAACGGAGAGCAUUACUCGGAGGUUGUACCGCAGGCGUUCGCCUGGUUUAGCGACCUCAUGGUGGAGCACGCCGAGAUCUUCUGGUCCUUGUUCGCUGUCGACAUGGACAAGGUGCUCGCAGAACAACCACCGGACACCUGGGACAGUUUUCCGUUGUUUAAAAUCAUGAACGACUACUUGCGAGAAGACGACAAUUUGAAGAACGGCAGAUUUCAUCAGCAUCUUCGCGACACUUUUGCACCGUUGGUCGUGCGUUACGUCGACCUGAUGGAAACGUCGAUCGCUCAAUCGAUUCACAAAGGAUUUGAGAAGGAACGUUGGGAGAUCAAAGGAAAUGGAUGCGCCACUUCCGAAGAACUUUUUUGGAAGUUGGACGCUCUCCAGUCGUUUAUCCGCGAUUUGCAUUGGCCUGACCAAGAAUUUCGCCAACAUCUCGAGCAAAGGUUGACUUUGAUGGCCUGCGACAUGAUCGAAUCUUGCAUUCAACGAACGGAUACCGCGUUUCAGCAGUGGCUGAAGAAAGGUGUAACUUUCAUAUCAACCGAUUACAUCAUCCCAUCGGAAAUGUGCGCAAUGGUGAACGUUAUUCUCGAUGCGAAAAACCAAAGCUUCGAACUUUGUACGAUCGAUGCUGUUGACGUGCAUCAGUAUCAUGCGAAAAUUGACGAUUUGAUAGAAAAAGCAUCAGCCGCAAUGACCCAAGGGAUGAUCAACAAGCUGGUUACGGUCUUGGAGACCACCCUGUCCAAGCUGUCUCGUUACGACGAAGGAUCCUUUAUAGGUUCCAUUCUCAGCCUUACGGUAUCGGGCAGCGGAAAAGAAAUGGGACAAGCCUACGUAAAUUUCACGAGGAACUGCAUUGAUCAGAUUCGUGGUAAAGUGUUGGACGAACUGUGGAUUUUAACAUUUUUCGAGCAAUGGUAUACGGCACAAAUUCAAAUGCUUUGCAAUUGGCUUUCCGAAAGGCUCGAUCACAGCUUACACCUGUACCAGUGUACUUGUCUUGCCCACAUCGUGAAGAAAAUUUAUUCCGACUUUGAGCUGCACGGUGUCAUAGAAGAGAAACUGAAUUCGAUGACAUAUCAGACUAUAUCUAAGAGAAUGCAAACGGAAGAAGCGACUUGUGCCUUAACGAGCGUUCAGAACGAAGAGGGACUUUCGGAGAACGGCAACGAUGACGAGGUGGAGCGACCAAAGACCAAGGUAACAAUCGUGGAAACGAUGCCUGGCGAAGACGCUAACUACGUCUCCAAUAUUAGCAACGUUACUUCGAACGUUGUUGGAAAAGUUGGAAGUAUGUUCGGUAAGGGCAUCGGUGGCCUUUCUACGAAAUUUGGCGGAGCCAGCUGGUUCUAAUUAUUAUUAUUACUUCCUAUUUACUUUAUUACUGCUAUUAUUAUUAUCAUUAUUAUUAUUAUUAUUAUUAUUAUUAUUAUUAUUGCCAUUAUUUAUGUUAUGUCUGUUACCAUUUCUCUUUAUCGUCAUAUUUUUCUUCAUUCUUUUUCUUCUUGUAAUUACUUAUAUUUAUUAUUAUCAUUAUCGUCAUCAUUAUCAUCAUCAACAUCAUUAUCAUUACUGUUGUCAUUAUUAUUGCUAUUACCACUACUAUUUUCGUGUUCGUUACUUUUAGUAUUUUGCGAGUGUACGUCACAGCCGGCGAUUAAGUUUCUUUGUCUAUAUACAUACAUACGUAUAUAUGUACAUACAAAACAAAAAGAGAGAGUUACGACAACAGGAUUGUCCGCAGUACGUUUUAGGAACAUAUUUAAAUUACGAUUGUUUGAAGAAAAAUCGUCGUUCGGUACGAUGGAUCGAAAGAAUAAUCCCUACCGUUUCGACCCAAAAAUGUAUUUUUAUUUCUAAGUGGAUUUCUAAGUUUAUUUCUUGUUUUACUACGUUUAACCGUUCGUUCGUCCGUCCGUCCGUCCGUCCGUCCGUCCGUUCGUUGAAAAUUGAAAAUAGUUGAAAGAUUCGAAACGAUUAAUUAUUAUUAUUAGAUAGUCUGGCAUUUAAUAGCAAGUAUUGUCGGACCUACACGUUGUACACAUUUCUACGACACUACUAUUCUUCUCUUUAUCUUUCUAGAUCAAUGUUAAUACAUUACACCAUUCGAUAUAAUAUAAUGUAAAUAUGUAGAUCUUGUUUCGAUGUUUUAAAACAAAGGUUUAUCAACGAAAACGCGUGCCUAUUUCAUCUCAUCUCGUCUCAUCCCGUUUCGUAUAAUCAAUUUCAAACGAUUGAAUCGCUUUUUUCCUUCUAUUCUUUCGCGUUAAUUAUUGGUAGGUAAUUUUUUAGAAGAACCGUCCAACAGUUGACAUUAGACUCUGUUUCAAUAACGAGACAGUGUCGAUUCACCAGAGAAGAGUAAUUCGACUUAAUCAUCUCGUAUCUUUUUUUUACAGCGCUAAUGAAACAUAUUUUAUUUAUUAUUUAUACGUAUUUUUCCUAAUUUCUCCUACUUCGAACGAACGAACGAACGAACGAACGAACGAACGAACGAACGAACGAACGAUAUAUAUAUAUAUAAUAUAAGAGAUAUCUCGCGAUCUGUCUUCCGAUCGACGUGUAUUUUGACAUAUCGGUGUGCGCGAAACAAAUACGCGUUUCAACGUUUUGUUUCUGCCCGGCACACUAGAUAAAAAACGCUUGUCGUUGAUUGCAAUAUCUGCAUUUAAAUAUACCUUUGAUCGGGGAGAAUGCGUGCUGCAUUCGCAAACAGUUAUCGAUAGCCGUUUCUUUGUACAUAUUUUAGCAAAUUCGUCGAUAAACGAAGGAAAGGAGAUUUUUAUAUAAUGUAAAUUAUCGCGUUUAAACGCAUUUAAUCGUAGAAUAUGCGAUUCUACGCGUGUCGAUGAAUGGCAAAAAAAUGUCUUCUCUUCGAUUCGACGAGACUCGAGGAGGCUCGUGUAAAAGAAAAAAAGAAAAAACAUGUUUCUUAGAUUACUCUUGGCAGGAGUUGUUUACGCGUAACUUGUAUUACUAUCAAUUAGAUGUAUUUAAAAUUGAAGAAUUGAAGAAACGCGUGUCAGUUACACUUUGUUAUUUCGUAUCAGAGAUGCCUUUCGUACUCUUUACACAAAAAACAAAACAUAUAUUCAUUGUUACACGUUUAGCGGUAUUGGCAUGGGACGUGGGACAUGGGACAUGGGACAGAUUAAAGCGCUCGACAAAUUAAUAUAAGCCGUGAUUAGAAUCGAUUUACGGAGAGAAAUCUUCUUAGAAUAUUUUGCUUCUCUUCGUUUCGAUGAUUCGUCGUCGCGCGUGUCGUGAUCGAUGUCCCUGAAUAAAUGCCAAAAGUGGUUAAUCGAGGCCUUGAUGAAAAAAAAAAAAAAAAAAAAAAAAAAACACACACACCAGAAAAAAAGAAAAAAAACUUAACUUUAUGAUUUUCGACGGCAAACGCUAAACGUAAGGGGCACUUUUUCAACUCAAACGGACACGUUAGAGAAGAAAAAAUGGGAAGAAAAAAACAAGCAGUUAUGUAAAUCGUUGUAGCGUACUUGCAGCCGAUGCUAACGGUACUACACACUUAUUAUGAUUAUUAUCAUUCUUACUAUUGACUAUUCUCUUGUAAUCUACGACUAAUUAGACUAGAACGAUUAAGAAAGGGUCUCCUUUUACUCCGACGAUAAUACUCGUGCCCUUUCUCUCUCUGUCUCUCUGUCUCUCUAACUCUAGCCCAAGUCUCAGCAACUUUUUCCUAUUAUUCUUGAUGCCCUUUAAUUAUUUUAUAUUUCAAACUUUCACCUUUUUCCAUUUUGUUGGUUAUCACUCAGAAUCAGUAAUCGGCAUCCUUUCCUCUUCCUUUCUUUUCUUUUCCAUAGCCGCAACGCGGCGUAUACGCGCACACGAGUAUGUAUGUACACAGUAAAGAAGCAGAUUUAGAUAGAAAUAUGGAUACAUACACGGAUACGGAUACGGUGGAAAAGAAACAGAUACCUUAGCGACACUUAGCCUGAUAUUUUCAAUCCUCUAUUCGUUCCUUCGUCUCACUAUUUCAUUUCGAUUGUGUUUUACUAUUGUUUUAGUUAAAAAUCAUUGCAGAGUCUUUUACUACUCUAGCCAGUGUUCUACUCGAUUAAACUUUUAUGCAGUUGUUGUUCUCUCGUUAAUAAAAUAUCCUCCGACAAAAA